UGUCACCCUGUGCCCACCGCUCUUCCCGUGUCACCUCCGUGCCCACUGCUCCUCCCGUGUCACCCUGUGCCCACUGCUCCUCCCGUGUCACCUCCGUGCCCACCGCUCCUGCUGUGUCACCCUGUGCCCACUGCUCCUGCCGUGUCACCCUGUGCCCACUGCUCCUUCUGUGUCACCUCUGUGCCCACCUCUCCUCCUAUGUUACCUCUGUGCCCACUUCCUCUCCUGUGUCACCUCCAUGCCCACCUCUCCCUCCAGUGUCACCUCUGUGCCCACCUCUCCCUCCCGUGUCACCUCCGUGCCCACCUCUCCUCCCGUGUCACCCCUGUCCCCCUCCCGGCUCCGGGCAGGCCGGGGCUCACGGAUCCCGUGCCAGCUGCUGAGGCUCCAGCGCAGUCCCUGGAAGCAGCAGCUCCUGCCCAGAAUUCCUGCCUGGAUAAACCCUCCCAGCGCUGCUGGCAGCCGGAGCCAGCCCUGCCUGGAGCUGACGGGCCGCAGCCCUGCCGUUUGGCAUUGCUUGAGGAAAUACUUUUCCAGCUCCAGGAGUGUUUGGACAAAGCUCUCAGGCACGUGGUGGGACUGUUGGGGGUGUCCUGUGCAGGGCCAUCAGUUUGGCUUGAUGACCUUGUGUGUCCCUUCUCACUGAGGACAUUCUGUGAUUCUCUGUGCAGAGCACAAUGAGAAGAAUCCUGCUCUUGUGUCAGAUGAGAGUUUUGGCCUCCGUUGGGCCUGACUUUCACCCAGCGUCAUAAAAUUUCACAGGAAUGACAUUUGUGCAGCUAUUUUUACUGUCCUUUUAAAGGCAAUUCUCAUUUCUGUUGGUAGGAAUUAGUCCUGACACUUUCUGGACAGUGUGACCUUAGUUCACAGUGAAGUGCUGAUUUUGUUCCACCAUCAAAUUAAUUACAAAUAGGAGAUAGUUCAUAGGGAUUAAUUAGGGCAUGGAUGUACCAUAUGGAUUCUGGAGCAACAGUUGCAACCACCAGGUUCUGAUUUUUCAUUGGGUGUUUGAUUGGUAUUUGGAAAUGAGAGAGAGAACAAAACCCUUCUGUCUGACAGACCGUUGAUUGUUGUUAUUAUUUCCAUGUUUCCUGUCUGCUCUAAGUCAAGGAUAAUUGGUUAAGAAAAACCCCAAACUGUCCCUUCCUGUUAGAAAUCCGUGUCCUGGGGAUGUUCAAUGAACCAGCUGUCAGCACAGUUACCAAACCCUCUGCUCUUCAGGUCAUUUAAGGGAAAAAGUUGUUGUUUUCUGUCAGGACUCGUGUUUAGGAAAAUGCAAGGUGCCUUUCUCUGUAUUUUUGGUACUUCCCAUGUUGUUCCAAAGUUGUGCUUGUGCUUUCCUGAGGUCAGCUGUGUGCUGGAAAGAGGGAUGGGAAUUUCAGAAAGGAAUUUGAGCCUCACUGUGCUGUUUGACUCCGAGGGAAAGUCCUGCGACGGAGCUCUGCGGUCACUGGUGGCUCCGUGGGGGUGGCCUGAGCUGUCACAUUCUGGUGCCUGGCGAAUACGAGAGCUGCAGUGAGGGGCUGGCCUGGGUGACAGCGGGUGCAGCGCUGGAGUGCUGAGCUCUGUCUCCCCGUGGCUGCCAGGGCAGCGGGCAGGGGCACCGGGCAUGUCUGCGGGCAUGGAGGUGGCCAGGCAUCUCCCCUGUCCCUCAGCUGGUUUUGAGCCUCCUGUAGCCACUCUCUGAUGCUGGAGCCCCUGCUGAAGGAUGCAGCCGCAGGUGCCCAGGGCUGUCUCGCUAACAAGGAGCAGAUUCCUCAAAAGCCUGCGGAGGAGACGUAGGAUCUUCAAGCAAAUUCUGGCAGCUGGAUCCCGAUAGCAGAUAAACUCAUUUGACCACCAUGAGUUGGAGUUUUCUGACCCGCCUGUUAGAGGAGAUCCAGAACCACUCAACCUUUGUUGGCAAAAUCUGGCUGACAGUGUUGAUUGUGUUUCGGAUUGUCCUAAUUGCUGUGGGAGGAGAAUCCAUUUAUUAUGACGAACAAAGCAAGUUUGUGUGCAACACGGAGCAGCCUGGCUGCGAGAACGUCUGCUACGACUCCUUUGCCCCUCUCUCGCACGUCAGGUUCUGGGUGUUCCAGAUCAUUCUUGUGGCCACUCCCUCCGUGCUGUACUUAGGCUACGCCAUCCAUAAGAUCGCCCGGAUGGUGGAGCACAGCGAAGCCAGCAGGAGAGCCAGGAGGAGGAGCUUGCCCAUCCGCUGGAAACAGCACCGGGGCUUGGAGGAAGCUGAGGGUGACCACGAGGAAGACCCAAUGAUGUACCCAGAGAUCGAGGUGGAGAGCGUCCGGGAGAGCAAAGAGAAGCAGAGCCCUGCCAAAGCCAAGCACGACGGGCGGCGGCAGAUCCGGGAGGACGGGCUCAUGAGGAUUUACGUGCUGCAGCUCCUGGCCAGGGCCCUGUUUGAAGUUGGCUUCCUGGUGGGGCAGUACUUCCUGUACGGCUUCCAGGUGAGCCCCGUGUUCGUGUGCAGCAGGAAGCCCUGCCCGCACAACGUCGAUUGUUUCAUCUCCAGGCCCACCGAAAAGACCAUUUUCCUGCUGAUAAUGUACGGGGUGAGCUGCAUGUGUCUGCUCCUGAACGUCUGGGAGAUGCUGCACUUGGGCUUUGGCACCAUCAGGGACACGCUGAAUGCCAAGAAGAAGGCGCUGGUUGACUCUGGGACCUUCAACUACCCCUUCACCUGGAACACACCCUCAGCUCCCCCGGGCUACAACAUCGCGCUGAAGCCGGAGCAGAUGCAGUGCACGGAGCUGUCCAAUGCCAGGAUGGCCUACAGGCAGAACAAAGCCAACAUAGCUCAGGAACAGCAGUACGGCAGCAGCGAGGGGAACAUUCCCGCCGACCUGGAGAUCCUGCAGAGGGAAAUCAAAGUGGCUCAGGACCGCCUGGACCUUGCCAUCCAGGCUUACAACAACCAAAACAACCCCAGCAGCUCCAGAGGGAAGAAAUCCAAAGCGGGCUCAAACAAAAGCAGUGCCAGUAGCAAGUCAGGAGAUGGGAAGAACUCGGUCUGGAUUUAACGUUGACUCAGUUGAUAUGCUGUGGUUUUUUUCCCCUAGUUUAUCAUAACCAGCAGUCCCAUGAAUAAUGGCUUCCAUUAAGGGAAUAUUUGACUCUGCUGAUUUUCAGGGAUACCGUUGGCUCGUGAUUCAGCCCUGGAAUGGGUUUAUACACUGAUUCUAGAACUUUAGAAUUUUAUUCUUUUGUCUUCCAAGCCAGGAGACAAAUAGGUAUAUUUAAUUCAUUCUCAUUGAACGGUUUAUGCUGUAUGUACAGUAUUAUAGUACAUUUAUUAUGCACAAUUUUUUUUGUAUUUGUACACUGGAUCUGAUGUUACACUUUUUAUAUCAACAAGGACAAAGCAAUGGAUAGCCAUUAGCAUUUUGUUAAUUUUAUUAUUGUUGUCUGCAGUUAUGUCAUUGUUCUUCCUUGUUUUCCAAGUAAAACUUUUUAUAAAACUUU